UAUAUAUAAGUGCGCGUAGGAAGCAGUGCGCCGUCAAUUUUUUGGCCUCAGUCGAGGGUAGAGUUGUGUUCGCGGUGUGCGUUCGUUGUGUGCGUUUACUUUCUCCAGAAAUAGGCCACAUAACCUAAUGUCCAUUUCGUGAAAAUAACUCGCCUAGAAAAAUCCAAAAAAAGGAAAAAAUCGUGAAAAAACGCAUCUAAGAAAAAAAAUCGCAAAACCAGUGGCGAAAACCCACUCGUGACCCUGAUGGUGGAUACAGCGUGGCGUUAGAAGGGAAGCAAGGCAAGUAGAAGAGUUCGGAGCCGAGCGCAAAGUGCGUAGCCGUUGGGAGACGAACGAAAAUUGCAGCAUCCAUCUACUCACAGUCACGGGAAAAAAAAUAAGUAUCUACGCACGCACGAGGUGGAGACGCGCGCGCGAGAGAGAGAGAGAGCGGGAAAGAGAGAGAGAGCUAGAGUGAGACAGAGAGCUAGAGAGAGGGAGGCGAGGAGGAAAACGUGCGCGUGUGCGCCUGACUCCGCGAGGUAGAGAGAGAAGAGGCGAAGCGAGAACGCGUCGCGCCGACGAAGAGGGAAGCGUACAAUUCCGUCUGCCUGCUUUGCCAGUGAGAGAGGCACCCUGCAGCCGCCGCCAUGAAUCCUGGAGCACCCAACUACCCCAUGGCCUCGCUCUACGUGGGCAACCUGCACACCGACAUCACCGAGGCGAUGCUGUUCGAGAAGUUCUCGACGGCCGGGCCCGUGCUGUCGAUACGCGUAUGCCGCGACAUGAUCACCCGCCGCUCGCUCGGCUACGCAUAUGUCAACUUUCAGCAGCCGGCCGACGCCGAGCGCGCCCUUGACACUAUGAAUUUCGACAUCAUAAAAGGGCGGCCUAUUCGGAUCAUGUGGUCCCAGCGCGAUCCCUCCCUACGCAAGUCGGGCGUCGGAAAUGUAUUUAUUAAAAACUUGGAUAAGAACAUUGACAAUAAAGCAAUGUACGAUACAUUUUCGGCGUUCGGUAAUAUACUGAGCUGCAAGGUUACGCAGGACGAGUCCGGCGCGUCGAAGGGCUACGGCUUUGUCCACUUUGAAACGGAGGAAGCGGCCAAUAAAUCUAUCGAGAAGGUCAACGGGAUGUUGCUAAAUGGCAAGAAGGUGUACGUCGGUAAAUUCAUACCGCGUAAGGAACGCCAAAAGGAGCUGGGCGAGAAGGCCAAACUGUUCACGAACGUGUACGUGAAGAACUUCGGCGAGGAUAUGACCGACGACAAGCUGAAAGAAAUGUUUGAAACGUUCGGGACCAUUACAAGUCAUAAGGUGAUGAUCAAGGACGACGGCAAGUCACGUGGCUUCGGAUUUGUCGCGUUUGAGGAGCCGAACUCCGCCGAGCAGGCGGUGCUGGAGUUGAAUGGUAAGGAGAUCGCCGAGGGCAAGUUAAUGUACGUCGGACGCGCCCAGAAGAAGGCCGAGCGUCAGCAAGAAUUGAAACGGAAAUUCGAGCAGCUGAAGAUCGAGCGUCUGAAUCGUUAUCAGGGCGUGAAUUUGUACGUGAAAAAUCUGGAUGACACGAUCGACGAUGAGCGCCUGCGUAAGGAAUUCACACCGUUCGGCACGAUUACGUCGGCGAAGGUGAUGAUGGAGGAAGGACGCAGCAAGGGAUUCGGCUUUGUGUGUUUCUCGCAGCCGGAAGAGGCCACCAAGGCGGUCACCGAGAUGAACGGACGCAUCGUAGGCUCCAAGCCUCUCUACGUUGCUCUGGCGCAGCGUAAGGAAGAUCGCAAGGCGCACCUCGCCUCUCAGUACAUGCAGCGUAUGGCGAAUAUGCGUAUGCAGCAGAUGGGCCAGAUAUUCCAUCAGCCCGGUAAUGCCGGCAGUUACUUCGUACCUACGAUACCGCAGCCGCAGCGAUUCUACGGACCAGCGCAGAUGGCGCAGAUCCGUGCGACUCCGCGCUGGCCGGCACAACCGAAUCAAGUACGACCGAACGCGCAAACCGGCAACUCCGGGUUCGCGUCGAUGCAAGCUGCACCAUUCCGAGCGGCGCCGCGUGCUCCUGCCGCACAGGCUGGCGCCCUGCGUAACAACAUGUCCGCUAGACCUAUCACAGGUCUACAAGCAGUUGGUGGCGCCAACAUUCAAAACCGUUCCAUGGCCGGGCCAGCCGUUGGUGUUUCGCCGAGUCAGAGCCGUCCGACAAAUUACAAGUACACGGCAAAUAUGCGCAAUCCGCCGCAAGCGGCCAUGGCUAUGUCCGCACCGAAUCCACCUGUGCAGCAUGCUGUCCACAUCCAGGGCCAGGAACCGCUCACCGCGUCGAUGCUAGCCGCGGCGCCGCCACAGGAGCAAAAGCAAAUGCUAGGAGAACGUUUAUUCCCUAUGAUUCAACACAUGCACCCACAUCUGACGGGCAAGAUCACCGGUAUGCUGCUGGAGAUCGACAACAGCGAGUUGCUACACAUGUUGGAGCAUAAGGAAUCUCUGAAGGCCAAGGUUGACGAGGCCGUGGCCGUAUUACAGGCCCAUCAGGCUAAGCAGGCAGUCGCGCCGAAAAAGGAAUAAGCGUCUUAUCGAUGAUCUUUAUUUAUGAUAAGGAAAGUGAAUUUCGAUAAAUUUUGAAUUUUGAUUCCAAGUAUACGCGGUGUUGUCCCCCUUUCCUCCUUUUUUUUUUCUUGAAAUUUAUGCAACUUAAUCGUGCCAGUGUAUGUUUUCGUAACAGAUAUUCUUUCCAAGGCAUAACCGGUUCUUCACUUGGGAGGAUACACGAAUGUAUGCACUUUUUACGAUGAAAAUUUUAAAAGAGAAAUCUCGUUUUCGGCAUACUAGAAUGCGGAGACAUGUUUUCUGAAUCAGCGAUCACGUUCUCCUUGUGUUUGCUUAUUGAGAGAAGCGGAAUUGUAAACAAAUUUCCAGUCCUAGAAAGAGGGGAAUUUUAAGAUAAUAAAUUUUUCUUUCAAGAUAUA